AUGGAGCCACGUGAUGAUGUUGAGGAAGAAGUUCAAGAUGAUGCUUUUGAUGAGUCUCAGAGUUUAUCAUCCCCAGCUGUUGAACUGUCGAGAGAUAAAAAAGGAUUAAAAAGAAAAACGAGUAUCUUCAAGUACUAUUCAUUUAAAUCAACAGAGGCUUUGCCGGGCUCAACAAAAAAAUCAGGACCUCUUGUUGGAGUCAUUGAUGUCGGUACACGGACUGUCAGAUUUGUGAUAUUUACGGCCAAACGUGUCAGUGAAGUAGCAUCCCAUUCGAUUGACAUAGAGCAAUUGAGUCCUCAAGAAGGAUGGACUGAACAAGACCCCAAGGAAAUUUUAUUUGCUGUAAAAGCGUGUAUAAAAGAUGUCGUCAAAAAACUUGAAGGUAUUGGUGGAAGUGCUUCUGAUAUUGUCACUGUCGGUCUUACCAAUGCUAGAGAAACAACAUUUCCUCUGUGCGGUCUACCAGUAAGCCCCUACUUCUCAGCAUUAAAAAUCCGAUGGCUGAAGCAAAAUGUUUCUACAGUAAGAAAAGCGAUACGUGAUAAGAGAUGCAAAGUUGGUACUUUGGACACUUGGAUUAUUUGGAAUUUAACUGGCGGUAAAGAAGGUGGUCUUUAUAUUACUGAUGUAACCAACGCUUCAAGAACAAUGUUGAUGAACAUAGAAACUUUGAACUGGGAUCCUACUCUGUGUAGGUACUUUGAUAUCGACAUGGGUUUGCUGCCAGAAAUAAAGAGCUGUUCUGAAGUUUAUGGAAAAAUCACCGUUGGACCUUUGUCAGGCAUUCCAAUAUCUGGGAUAUUGGGUAAUCAACAAGCUGCGUUGGUAGGACAAAAUUGUCUGAAGCAAGGACAAGCAAAAAAUACAUAUAGAAGUGGUUGUUUCUUACUUUGCAAUACCGGAACUACUAGAGUUUAUUCAUCCCAUGGUCUAGUCACGACAGUAGCUUAUAAAUUAGGGCCAAAUAGUCCAGCUGUCUAUGCAUUAGAAGGUUCAGUGGCCGUAGCUGGGGCAGCAAUUAAAUGGCUAAGAGACAAUAUGAAACUUAUUAAAGACGUUCAUGAGAGCGAGCAAAUAGCUGAAAAAGUAUUCAGCACUGGAGAUGUUUACUUUGUGCCGGCUUUCAAUGGCCUUUAUGCUCCAUAUUGGAGAAAGGAUGCCAGAGGGAUAAUCUGCGGUCUGACGGCAUUUACCACAAAGCAACACAUAAUACGGGCAUCACUUGAGGCAGUAUGUUUCCAAUCCCGAGAUAUUAUUGAAGCUAUGUUCAAAGAUUGUGGAUUUCCUUUGACAAAGCUCCACACUGACGGUAAAAUGUCGACUAAUAAUUUAUUAAUGCAACUUCAAGCUGACCUUAGCGGUAUACCAGUAUUCAGAUCAACCAUGCCGGACAUUACGGCUCUAGGAGCUGCAAUUGCAGCUGGACAAGCUCAAGGCGUUGAAGUUUGGCCUCUCGACGGAGAUGAGACUGAAACAGUUCCUAAUGACACGUUUUUACCUACAACAACUCCAGAAGAGAGAGACGGAAGGUAUAAAAAAUGGAAGAUGGCUGUUCAAAGAAGUAUGGGCUGGGCUGCGACGAAAAUAACUGCCCAAAUGACAGAUGAGAGAUACCGAGUAUUGGCCUCUAUUCCAGUCAGUUGGUUUGUUAUGACGAGCUUUGUCUUACUAAGAUUGAGCUAUCACUUCAAAGAACGGUGA